AUGGCCAGUGGGAGUAAGGUAGAUGUGCAAACUUUGGAUUUGACGAAUAGGACUAUUGAAGACACCUUGCAGAGUGAGCUGGAAAGGAUACUGCAAGACCAGCGUAAUCAACAGUUUAUUAAUCGAGAUCGAGGUUUCGAUAUUUAUAGGAGUGGAAGUGCGCCUCCAACAGUCGAGGGGUCGUUGAGUGCUUUUGGUAGUUUGAGAAACUUUGAUUAUGGAGCUAAUAAUGGUGGGAGGAGUAAUAAUAAUAAUGGGAUUUUGACUGAAGAUGAGAUUCGAUCACAUCCGGCGUAUCUUUCGUAUUAUUACUCACAUGAGAGUAUCAAUCCUAGAUUGCCGCCGCCGUUGUUGUCAAAAGAAGAUUGGCGUGUUGCACAGAGGUUUCAAGUUGGCGGGUCUUCUUCAACUGAGGGAUUUGGGGAUUGGAGGAAGAAUGCAACCCCGAAUGGUGAUAGCUCGUCGCUUUUUUCAAUGCAACCAGAAUUUUCAGUAAAACAGACUGAAAAUGAUUUGAUGGAGUUGAGGAAAGCCAGUGGACGGAAUCUCUCUAGGCAGAGUUCAACUCAGAUGCUUGAUAGACAUAUGGAUGGUAUGACAAGAAUGCCAGGAACUGGUAUUGGUGUGAGGAGGACAUGUUAUUCAGACAUUCUUCAGCAGGAUGGAUUUGAUCAACCUGCUUUGUCUAGCAAUAUGUCACGUCCAGCAAGUCACAAUGCAUUUGGUGAUAUCAGGGAUUCAACUGGCAUUGUUGACCGUGAGUCCUUUGAGGGGUUGCGUUCAUCAGCCUCUACCCCAGGUUUGAUCGGCCUUCAGAACCACAGUGUAAAUUCUCUCAGUUUUUCAUCUGCUGUGGGUUCUUCUCUGUCAAGGUCGACGACCCCUGAAUCACACGUUAUUGGGAGACCUGUUAGAUCUGGACUUCCUCAUGUGGGUAGCGAUGUUUUCUCUGCCGAGAAAAAUGGUAUUGGCUUGGGGAACCACAAUGGUCACUCUAACAAUAUAAACGAUCUUGCUGAUAUGGUGUCCUCUUUAUCAGCGUUAAACUUAUCAGGUGCUAGACGUGCAGAACAAGAUAAUCUUUUGAAAUCUAAGAUGCAGAUGGAAGUUGAUAAUCACGCUAAUGUUAUGUUGAACACACCCAACAAUGCUAAUUUGCCCAAACAUAAUGAGCUUGCAACAGAGCUGAAUACAUUUAGUUUGAAUGAGCGAGUCAAUCUACUGAAAAAAACUGCUUCUUUUGCUAGUCUCCGUUCAAAUGUGCAUUCUACUGGAAACAUAACAAGUAUGCCAAAUAUAGACUUCGCUGGCCAAGUUCCUGGUGCAUAUCAUGGAAACACAAAAUUGCAUAAUGUGUACAAUAAUCAUCUUGAUACAGCUUUGAGGGGUCGGAGAGAUGGACAAAAUUUAGAUACACUGGGAAAUCAAGUGGGUUCUGAAUUCAAUUCUGCAACUGUGGACCCACGCAUCAUCCAAUGCCUGCAGCAAAGUUCUGAUUACUCCAUGCAUGGAAUGAGUAGUUCUGGUGAUCCUUUACAAAUGAGAAAUUUCUCUGAUGCUUCACAUGGAGACUUAGACGGACUUCGGAAAGCAUAUCUUGAAACACUUAUUACUCAACAAAAGCAACUGUAUGAACUCCCACUUCUGAGCAAAUCUGGUCUUCUUAAUCAUGGGUUAUUUGGGACUCAACCAUAUGGUCUUGGAAUGCCACAUUCAGGAAAGCAGAUGACCAAUUCCUCACUUCCUUCUCUUGGAUCUGGAAAUCCACUAUUUGAGAAUGAACGUAUCUCACACAUAAAUUCUAUGAUGAGAAGUUCUAUGGGAGGUUCUGGCAGCUCAUGGCAUGCUGAUAUUGGAAAUAACAUGGAGGCUAGGUUUGCUUCAUCCUUGCUGGAUGAAUUCAAGAACAACAAAGCCAAACCUUUUGAACUUUCAGAUAUCACUGAUCAUGCUGUACAGUUCAGUACUGAUCAGUAUGGUAGCCGCUUUAUUCAGCAGAAAUUAGAAACAGCAUCAGUAGAAGAGAAGAACAAGAUAUUUCCUGAGAUAAUUCCUCAUGCUCGUGCCUUGAUGACUGAUGUCUUUGGCAAUUAUGUCAUACAGAAAUUUUUUGAGCACGGUACUGAUAGUCAAAGAAAGGAGUUGGCCAACCAACUCACAGGUCAUGUUUUACCUCUUAGUCUGCAAAUGUAUGGUUGCAGAGUGAUUCAGAAGGCCUUGGAGGUGGUUGAUGUUGAUCAGCAGAGCCAAAUGGUGUCAGAGCUCAGUGGUGCAAUAAUGAAAUGUGUACGUGACCAAAACGGAAACCAUGUUAUUCAAAAGUGCAUAGAGUGUGUCCCUCAAGAUAGAAUUCAGUUUAUUAUCUCAUCUUUUUAUGGGCAAGUUGUUGCACUUUCUACUCAUCCUUAUGGGUGCAGAGUUAUUCAGAGGGUUCUAGAACAUUGUGAUGAUCUAAAUACUCAAGAAAUUAUCAUGGAUGAAAUCAUGCAAUCUGUCUGCACCUUAGCACAGGAUCAAUAUGGAAACUAUGUUAUUCAGCACAUCCUCGAACAUGGUAAACCACAUGAACGGACUAUUGUUAUCAGCAAGCUUGCGGGACAAAUUGUUAAGAUGAGCCAACAAAAAUUUGCUUCCAAUGUCAUCGAAAAGUGCUUGGCUUUUGGCUCUCCUGAAGAACGUCAAAUUUUGGUGAAUGAAAUGCUCGGUACCUCUGAUGAGAAUGAGCCCUUACAGGCUAUGAUGAAAGACCCGUUUGGAAAUUAUGUUGUGCAAAAGGUUCUCGAGACUUGUGAUGAUCAAAGUCUUGAGCUGAUUCUUUCUCGCAUCAAGGUUCACUUGAAUGCCCUAAAGAGAUAUACUUACGGCAAACACAUUGUUUCUCGCGUGGAGAAAUUGAUAACCACCGGAGAAAGGCGCAUAGGAUUGUUGGCCUAA